AUGGUGUGGAAGCGCACGUCACCCGUUUUGGAUGACAUUGGAGAGCACGUGACCGCCUACCGCGAAAUCGACCCCAGCGGUGACGAGAUUGCCGCCAUCCUGUCAGCCUUCCACGCGAUGCCCACCCGCGCCUGGGCGGGCAUCACGGUUGUCAAGGCAUUUGUGGACCAGAUAGUCAUGUACCCAUUGGUGCAGCAGCUGGCGCGCAUCUGUGGCCCUGGCCUCCAUCGCGUCGUGGGCGAUUAUGCCGCGGAAUCGACGGGCGAGCUGGUCAUGCCACUGCUGCCGCUGGCCAGCACCCUGCACCACCUCGACCUCAUUCAGGGCUUCGGGAAUCCCAUCGCGCUGGCCCCCAGCGUGGCACCCCUGCUGGCCUCGUUCUCGGCGCUGCGCUCGCUUGCAGUCGCAGUCGCGGCCACCACCGGCGGCCCGCCCCCGGCGCUCGGCGGGUGCCUGGCCGAGGCGGUGCGCGGCAUGACCGCGCUGACGCGCCUCGAUCUGCAUUUGUCGGAAAUUGAGGCGCCUGCCGACCUGGUGCCGCACUACCCGGAGCAAUGCCGUCUCAACCUUGGCAGCGCUCUGGCUGGAUGCAAGGACACGCUACGCGAGCUGCGGCUGACAGCCGACAUUUUCCUCUGCGCCGCGAUCGACCGCCAGCUCCCCGCCGUCACCAUCAACGCCACGAGCAGCCGUGACAUCCAGGGCCUGCGCCUAUCGCACCUGCCGCAACUGAGGGCGCGCUUCCCUGCCGCGGAGCACGUCAUCAUUAGGGCUUCCAAACGCUCGCCAUGCACGUCAGACGACUCGUACGACUUUCCGAGCUCGUCGGACGACGAUGGGGAUGCCAUGUCCGGUCGCGUCGCUGCGUUCGUGUCCGCAUUCAACUCCCUGCCCGCGGGCGCCUGGGCGGGCGUCACAAGCGUCGAGGUGCACGCAGAUGGUUACGUCUUCAUCGCCCUCAUGCAGCAGCUGGCGCGUGUCUGCCCGCGCCUCGCACACGUAUCCGGCAUCCGUGCCGCCUGCUCGCACAGCGGCGUUCUGGUGCCUCUGCUGCCAGUGGCCGGCACCCUGCAACACCUUGACCUGGUCAAUGGCCGCCCAGGUUGCAUCCCGCUGGUCCCCGGCGCCGCGCGCCUGCUGGCCUCCUUUGCCAAUCUGCGGUCUCUCGCGGUCACGCUCGCCGCCGGCCGCCGGGGCGGCGGCGGCCUGCCCGGGGCGCUCGGCGGCUCCUUGGCCGAGGCGGUGAGCGGCAUGACCGCGCUGACGCGCCUCGAUCUCGACAUAGUGAGCGACGGGCACCUGGAACCCUCGGUACAGCAGGACCCAAAUGUGUACCGCCUGAACCUUGGCAGCGCUCUUGCCGGGUGCAAGGAGACGCUGCAGGAGUUGCGGCUGUCGACUCGCGAUCAGGA